CGCUCCCUCCCCUACCUCCCCCGCCCCUUCCCCCCCUCCGCUGCCUCCCCCUGCCUCCCCCUUCCCCCCAGCCCCUCCCUCCACUCCCCUCUCCGAAGGAUCUUCACAACAGUUAUGUUCUCUUUUGUGUCCGUCUUUUUCCCUCACAAGGUCUGUUAGUACUACCGGUAGAGUCAUGGAGACAGCGAAAGGUCAUUGUGAAGAGGAGGGUAAGGAUUUGUGCUCCGAUUGUCACUGCGGAAGCAGCAGCGGAAGCGGCAGUGGCAGUGGAUGUUGUGGGGGUAAUACCCUGGCGCAUGGAACUGUGAGACCGGCGAUGAACGACCUCAGGGUGAGCGAGAAGAAGUCCGAUGUGGACGGCAGCGGCGGGUCCGGUCACGGCAAAGAGAUUGUACAGGAAAGCCACGGCGAGGUUGAGGACUUUAUGGGCAAGGGUUUGUGCUCCGAUUGUCACUCCAGCAGCAGCAGUGGCAGUGGCAGUGGAUGUUGUGGGGAUAAUCGCGUGGCGCAUGGAACAGUGAGAGCGGCGAUCAACGACGACGUCAGGGUGAGCGAGAAGAAGUCCGAUGUCGAGGGCUGUGGCAGCGGAUGUGGGAACAAUCCCCUGGAGCAUGAAACUGUGAGACCGGCGAUCAAUGACCUCAGGGUGAGCGAGAAGAAGUCCGAUGUCGAAGGCUGCGGCAGCGGAUGUGAGGAUAAUCCCCUGGCGCAUGGAACUGUGAGACCGGCGAUCAACGACGUCAGGGUGAGCGAGAAGAAGUCCGAUGUCGAGGGCUGCGGCGGGUCCGCUCAUGGCAAAGAGAUGCUACAGGAAAGCUACGGCGAGGCUGAGGACUUGAUGGGCGUCGUCGAGAUCGUGCGGCAGAAAAUAACGGAAGGGGAGAUCGGGAUCCCGUCCGCCGUUGAGGUUGUGGAGAAGGCGGUAAAGACCUGGCGGGAAGGGAAUGACGAAGCCUGGCAGGUGGCGUUGUUCCUUACAGAAUUAUGGCGUGGGGUUUAUGAGCCGAAGCCAUGGGAGAAGCGGACAGUGUUUCCUUCUCUGGAUUCGCUCGAGCAGAUUCUGUCGCCUUGUUCCUCGUUCAACGAAGUAGAAGCAGCAUUUUGUGAGUGCUUCGUUCAGAGGUACAGGCAGCCUUACGUGUUGUCGGGCAGAAUGAGGGCACUGCGAACACUCCUUCGCCUCACUGACGAGGUCUGCGGGAGCAACCCCCCCCUCUACCUUCUUCCUCUGAGAGCAAUUGCACUGCUAGACAUACAGUUCCUUUGCCACAUCCGCAAUGGCGAGCUGGAAUCGGACGACGAGAGGUUAAUGCUUGAUGAGUACGACAGUCAGGACCCCGAUGCCAGAGGUCUGCCGCUGAGAACCUCCGUCGGGAUCUGGAAACGACUGUCAUCAUUGUUCCAGUGUGACGUGGAGCUUGUCCAGCAGCCCUCGAAGUCCGACGUGGACCUUCUACAGCCUCCAGAAGACGCAGGAGAAGGAGAUCUUACAGCUGGUGGAAUGACCUCGCGGUGUCCAGAAGAUGAGCUGCAGCUGAUGAGCGUUAAGUUAAGCGGCCGCCAGCAGCAGCAGCAGCAGCUCUUCGGAAUCUGCAAGGCUAUGGAGCUCAGCUGUUUAAGUCACCUUUUAGAGGUCAGCAUCAGCAGACCGAAGCAUUUGGCACCGGCUAUUCGUUCUAUCGAGGAGCGAAUUGCUGAAGCUGAGCGGCUGGGUCUCCAAGAGGAGGUGUUCCUGGGGUUUCACGAUCUGGCGUGCGUAGCCAUUCAUGAGACUGAGAGUGGCGAGUGGACGACCGAAAGGUGUAUGGCUCUUCUCAUAAAAGUCAUCUGCUUUUGUAACGUCAAGGGGUAUCAUAACUGGGGUAGGCAGGUGUACGCCAAGAUGGCGGGCGUGGCCAAACGCCGAGGCACAACAAGAUUGUCUAGCCUUGUCGAUGCCAUGAGGUACCUGAGUCCUCAGUUGAAGUUUGUCCGGAAAUUUGUGGAGGUCAAUCCCGACUGCCUGGAGGCUUUGUUGACUGAGCUUGCGUUAGUCUGCGAGGUGGCUAAGCGUCUCUGGAACCUGCAGCUCUUUGACAGGUCGAGGUUGGAGCUGCAGAACGCGUUGAGACUUUUUGAGUACGUUUCCCAUAACUUUGGCGACCCUUCCAUCUGGUACCCGUUGGAGGUCACUGGUCUCCUGUGGGCAGAGUGCAACCAGCAGCUCGGUCUGUUGGUCUUCAUCCAUCGGAUGACUGGAGACCCAGGCGGAGAGAGCCUCCGAAAAAGUCUCAAGUUCUACCAGGAUUGCAGAGAAGCCUAUUCCAAGCUGAACAUGCUCAACUUAGGACUAGAGGCACUUUUGCUCAUGCGUGAAGCUACGGUGUGCUUCAAGAACGCGAUGGAAGGACGUCCUCCCAUCGCGGGCACCAAAGACAUGGAAGAGCUGGUGGACGCAGCGUCGGAGAAGGUGGAGGAGAUGGUUCAACGAGGCCAGGACUGCAGUUACGUCAACCACAUCAUUGCUCUUUUCGAAGCACGAUAUCUGGAGUGGAAGGGAGAGAAGCUUCCGAAGAGGGUAGUGAUGAAUCUGAUGGUGGUGGCAGCUACCUGGAAGAAGUAUGACGUACUGCAUGCUCUUGCAGGUCUUCAUGAGAUGGAAGGCGAAAGAGAAGCUGCGGUCCAGUCGAGAGUGGUGGCCAUGGCUUGGUUCAAAGAGCAGCAGACUGAUAUAGGGAGUUUCUCUGACGCAUAUCUAUCACAGUAUGGAGAGAGGGAAGCAACUGUAUUUCGUCGUCUGCAGUUCGAGUUCUUAAAUCGCCUGAGUGUUGGUGAUUCACUGAUCUGGAGCGAGUGGUCACGCCACAGGUUCCUCUCCAAUGUCCUCUUACAGGGAAAGUCUGGGACUUCUGCUGCUGCUGCUGCUCCUGGUGGCGGUGGUGGUGGCUGUGCUGCUGCUGCUGAUGCUGCUGGUGUUGCUGGUGCUGCUGGUGUUGCUGCUGCUGCUGCUGCUGCUGCUGGCGGUGGUGGUGCUGCUGCUGCUGCUGGUGGUGGUGCUGCUGGUGCUGCUGGUGCUGCUGGUGUUGCUGCUGCUGCUACUGCCGGCGGUGGUGGUGCUGCUGCAGCGGCUGGUGCUGCUGGUGCGUCGAGCAGCACUAGUCAUUGUAGCAACAAGUCAAACGAACUUCCAUCGGCGUGGGGUUCACCGGAAGAAACAUACAAGAAGUUGAUCUCUGAGCGUUUCGAAUCUGACAAGUCCGGUACAUUGAGCAUGAUCAUGGACGGUUGCCGCUUGUGCGGGCCAAGGACCACGCUGAUCGAGUAUGUUUAUGGGAAAACGGUGGCCGAGGAGGGUCUGGAGGGGAUUCUUAUUUACGUUAUGACCAUCAAGGAUCGCAGUCUGAGCUGUGCUCCACUAAGGUACAAAAAAUCGGAAGGGGUGGAAGUGCACUUGCAGCGGCUCAAAGAUCUGAUGGAGUCGAAUCCCUCACAUAGCAGACAACGUGCAGUUUCUUCUUCAUCCGAUUACUAUCGAUUACACCGUCGCACAAAUCCGUUAUCUAACUCCAUGCCACAAUCGAGCUACUCGGAGAGAGAGAGGGGCGGAGACAAAGAGGGUGAGAGAAAGGGAGAGGGGAAGUGGGAGGGUGGGGGAGAGAGAGAGGGAUCAUUCAGCUACUCGGAGUCAAGCUGUCAUCACCAGCAGUGGAAUGGGGUAGCAUCAUCGAGUGAAGGAGAGGGAUCCCCAUGCCAGCAUGCCAUCUGUAAUCUUCCAAAGCACAUCAAGAGGCCCACAAAAGAAGAGAAAGAAAGACCAGGACCACAGGAGGCUGACAAGGAUCAUGCAGCAUCUUCUAGUCACGGCGAGGGAUGCCGAUUCACAGCGCAUCGAGGUUCAUGUUUUUCAAAGAAUGCGAAGAUAGCCGCAAAGGAAGUGCAAGAGAGACGAGAACGACGACAGAUGAUUAGGAGCAUCCUAGAGAAGUUAUACCUACUCCUGAUUGCACCUGUUGAACAUCGCAUUGCGGACCUUUCCCCGGAUGACAAGCUCAUUAUAGUGCCGCAUGAUAUUUUGUGGGGAGUCCCCUUUGCCCUGUUACGCGACCCUCGACGACGCUCGCCACUUAUGAAGCCAUAUCUGAUAGAGCGUCAUACGGUGGCGACUGUACCUGGUGUUCAUCUUCUUACUCUGCUUAAGGAGAGAAGCGAAGAUCUGCUGAACAUGAUGUGUCCUCCGUUCGUUCCUGUAUCCAACUCUGAAGGACUUGCUGCAGCUGGAGAAGGAACGAAAAGGGAGGAGCAUAGCUCUUGGAAGUCCCUCGUUGUUGGUAAUCCGUUUGUUAUGCCCGAGGACUUUGACGUGGAGGAGAUUGCUUACGCGGGAGAGGAGGCGCAAGCGAUCCACGACAUGCUUCGACCUGGAACUGCCACUCUUCUCACUGGAAGGCAUGCCACCAAAGCUCGCGUGAUGGAUGCGCUCGCAUGCGGGCCUCCUCUCGCUCACUUCGCAGCGCAUCUGCAGACUGGGUUUCCCAGAGAAAUAACCGAUCGGAAAGAUAUAUAUGGUGCCGAGAUGGGGAUUAUGCCACUCGCUCGUCACAACGAUGAUGGUCAUCAUUCGCCCACUACCAAGGGCGCGACAGAUAAUGCUUUGUAUACCAUCAACAAGUCUGUUAACGAACCGGGUGCUAAUGGAGCUCCUCCACGGAAAGCUCCACCCGCGACUGAGCCUGGUCCAGAGUUCUGGCCAUGGUCUUUGGAUGAAACCACCGACAAUGUGAGGCUGCAGCUCGCCCAUUCAGAUCUGAAGAAGGGGGAAGGUCCGGAAGGAGCAUCACAUCUCGAUGUGCUGCUUCAGGGUCUCUCAAACAUCAACCCUCUAUCCCAUGAGGAUGAGACUUACAAAAGUCCUGAUUACCAUCCUGCGGGUCUGUCGGCUCAAGAGAUUCUCAAGAGCUUCAACAAUGACUUGAGAACGCUGCUUGUAGUCUUAAGCUGCUGUGACUCCUCCAAGGGUCGUCGUAACCCAGAUGAAGUGCUUAACUUUGCCAGGGCGUUCUAUGUCUCCCGAGUGCCUUGUGUUGUUUCGUCCGUUUGGGAAGUUGAAGAUGAUGCUACUUUCGCAUUCAUGCUCCCCUUUUACAGUGCUCUUCGUGAGGGAAAAGAUGUUUCCUCCUCGCUCCGCUCUGCCAUGCUGAGCAUGUUAUAUGCUGGACGGUCAUUGGCGACCACCACCACCUCCUCCUCCUCCUCCUCCUCCUCCUCCUCCUCCUCUCUCCCCCCAAACGUCGCUUUCUUUCUGGAACUGUUUCCUGACUUAGACAGGGGCGAUGCUGGGAACGGCAACGGCGACCAUCAGCAGAGAAGGAACAGCGAGGACAGCGAGGCUGAGAAGAAUGCAGGCUCUUAUGGAGAGGCUGCUGCAUCUGUUGCAGUCCUGCAGAGGAUAAACUGUCAGGAUGAUGAGACAGUGAGACUGACUUUGAUGAGGGAUGACGACGGUGAGGAGUGCUAUGGACAGACAUGCCAGACUGGAAAUGAGUGGGAGGCUGAAGCGGUGAGUGUUUUUGUCGAUGGCGUUUUCGCUGCUCUGAUUAGGGGGUACCCCGACCUCCUCAUUCUGGUCAUUAAGCAUUCAAUUUGUCACCAUUCCAGCAGUGGGCCAGGAGAUCUCGCUGCGUCCAGCUUCAGAAUUCCCCGACCCCUUUCUGCCCCAUCAGCUGGCUAUGGUGGGCAUGCAAUGGGACGAGGCAGAGUAAGCAGGAUUAAAGUCGGAGGACUGCAGACAAGCUGGUUUAUGGUAGGAUGACGGCAGUUUAGGCAAACCUGACUACGCUCAGCAGCUACGCAGUUAACCCCCCGGUCUCACCGGGGCAGUCAAUGCUGGCAGCCAAGAUCGUAUCUUUACGGUGCAUAUUUCUCAGUUGUUUCAUCUAAUGGGACGCUGGACCCGUUUUCCAGCAGGUGCAGCUCCCUACCAAUAGAAUGGAGCACUGGGAAUGUGCACUAGAGGAGGUUGCGCGUAUCGCCCCCCCUAGUGAUGUUGCUAUGGGGAUUCAAAAAAAAAAAAAAAAAGGAAAGCAUUUUCACUAUUCAAUGAAUUUAGGGGAAGCUG